GUCCUCACAGAGCCGAAGAAUGCUCUAGGUAAGCAAUACAAGAAGAUGUUCCAAAUGAAUGGGGAAUGGGAAUCAAUUGCUCGUCUGGAUUUUGAGUGGUUAUCAUACUCUUGCUGUGAUGAAAUGGCUGUUCUGACAGAGAAAUUAUGUAAAUUGUUUCAGGUAAAGCUACAUUUUACAGAAAACGCACUAAGAUCAAUUGCCAAAAAAGCAAUAUCUAAAAAUACUGGUGCUCGGGGAUUACGAUCAAUCUUAGAGAAUGUGUUGGUAGAUGCUAUGUAUGAGAUUCCUGAUAUUAGAACAGGCGAUGAUGUUAUUGAUGCUGUCGUCGUCGAUGAAGAGGCCGUUGGAAGUAUGGGGUGUGGGAAAGGGGCUAAAAUCCUUUAUGGUAAGGGGGCAUUGGAUCGUUAUCUCACGGAGCAGAAAAAUGAUUCAGAGACCAGGGAGACAUCAACCACAGAUCAUGAAGCAGAUACAGAACUUCCUUCCAUUGUUGCCAGCAUGUAA